AUGGCAAAAAAGGAAGGAAAUAGGAAGCGCUUAAGAGAUAAAGCUCCGAAGAUGGUGGAGGAUCUCGAUCUGGAAGUCAGCGAUAUUGAGAGCAUAGAUCAAUUCAAUGAUGAGGACAUUGUCCAUAAUAGGGAGAGAAAGAAGACGUCUCGGAAUGAUAACGAUGAGGAAACCAUUCCCGCUGUGAUGCCGUCGGAUGCACACCGUCUGGACGGUUUAAGUGAUGAGGAGCACGGUGGCUAUCUUGAAGAGGAAGAAAUGGCAAGGGCGACGGAGCGAAGCAUGCGUAAAAAGGCGACCGAUGAAGAUUUUACAAUAUCCGGACUUUCUCUUGCUUCGACCGCAAAGGCUGCAAAGCGGAAUAAGGAGUCGUCAGCGAAAAAUGACGUACUGGAUGCAGUACCGGCGGUUGAAGCAGUAGAACGUGAUUUUGCUCUGCUUACUACUAGUGAACGCUUGAGAAUUCUAAAAAAAGAGUCUCCUGAGUUGCUCAAUAUGCUUGAGGAUUUGAAAAAGUAUCUUUCAGAAGUCAAGGCGCUCGCCAAACCUCUACACGAGUUGUUAUACGAGCGAAAAGUAUCCGAGGCUGAUAAAAAUUUUGUUACUUUUCUCGAGACCAAAGUUCAACUAAUGCUUAGCUAUUGCAUGCACGUCACCUUUUAUUUGCUUCUUAAAUCGGAAGGCAAAAAAGUAGCCGGGCAUCCAGUGGUUGACAACUUGGUAGAAAUUCGAGUCUACCUGGAGAAGAUGUGGCCUUUGGAGGAGAAGCUACAAUACUCACUGAAUCGCUUGCUUAGCGGCAAGACCGCGUCCGCAGCUCACGUGGAUGAGCUCCGACCGCUACAAGGCAGUGAUAGUGGCGUGUACGAAGCUACACGCAGCACGCGGGAUACUGAGGCUCGUGAGCAUCGACGUCAUAUGAGGAAUAUGAAGGAAGCCGACGAUCUGGAAAAGGAGGAAUUAGCGGCCAUGACGCGUGUGCGCACCAAGAAGGCUUCGUUCCUAAACAACGUACAGCCCAGUUCCAAGGUGGCCCCCUUGUCUUACCAAGAGGACGAGGAUCAAUAUUUCACCAAGCUGCAGGGCAGUCUCCACGACGAGGAUGACGAGGACGCCGGGCUGUCGCUCAUGGACGCGCUUCGCAAGCGUCAGCAGGCGGCCAAGGCGUUGGAGGCCGCAGCCAGCGCUCCCAAGGACCCCGAACCGGAGCAUGCCUCGGAUGAUGAGGAGGAUAUGCUCGAGCUCGAUGGCGAAUCCGAUGUGGCACCUGCAGAGGAUGACGUUUCGGUGGACGAGGAAGACUACGAGGCGCUUUUCGAGGAGGAAAAGGCGCGGGAGCGGGAUCGUGCGGCCUCCGCCGCGACCCCCCGCGAGCCGCUCCACGCCGACGAGGUGGAUCGUCGGAAGGCGGGCAAGCGGAUCGAAUCCCACCGCGGCCUCACCAAAGCGCGGCCGAAGGAUCGCAAGACACCGAGGGUCGCACAGCGCCGCAAGUACGAGCGCGGCCUCCGCGUUCACAAGGCGCAGGCCCCGACCUACCAGCCCGAGCCCGAGAAAGGCUUCGUUGGGGUGCGGGCAAUCAAACCCGGCGUGCUGCGCGGGCGCAAACUUCAGUAG